CAGAUUACACUCUGACUGGCGCGGGCUUUCCUACCUCCUCUGCGAGAGUGCGCUCGUCCUAGACCAGGAGCGAGCCUCGGCCUGCCCGCUUCUCUACUCCCUGGCAGUCCUGGAGUCCCACUCGCUGCAGAAACCCUCGGGAGGGGAGCCCAGGACCCCGGGCCUCCGGAGGGCACGAUUGGGACUCUCCAAACGCCAUUCAGCGGCUUUUCGAUCCCCUAUGCCUACUCCCAAAUUUGGCCAGGCUAAUGAGACAAAUGAGGAAUCCCUAAGGCUGGAAAUCCAGGAGCUAAAGCAAAAGAGAGAUACCUUGGAUCAAGAGAUCUCCCAGUUGAUGGCUGAAGGCUAUGUUGUAUCUGAGUUGGACGACCACAUUUCCCUGCUUCAUGAAUACAAUGACAUUAAAGAUGUGGGCCAGAUGUUAAUGGGAAAAUUAGCAUUUCCAUCACAACCCAAAAACACCCCCUAAAAUGGAAGCUUUUCAUUGUUAUAAAUGUAAACAAGCAAAAUAAACCAACACGUUGGCCAAGUCUGGAAAUGCAUUUACCAUUUUUCCAUUAUUUCUUUACUAAGGGAGAUGAGACCUGUUUCAUGAAGUCUUUCCUCUUUCACUUUACAUUACUGUAAUCAUCUUGUUAGUUGUUCUGAUCCUAUACAACUCACUAUACAUAAGAUUGUAUAAGUCUUCCCAUAUUUCUCGUUAAUUCUUCACAUUCCUAAUUUCUUAUGAGACAAUAAUACACUAUUCCAUUUUUGGAACAUCAUUUCAUUCAGUCAUUCCCCAAAUGAAGAGCAUCCAGUUUGUUUCAAGCUCUUUUCUUUUAAGCUCUUCUCCAACUUCAUCUACAGUCUAUCCUGUUGUAUAUACACAGAGAGCUAUUUAGCAAUUAAUAAUCAUUUUAGAUUGUUGUCAGAAGAUCUGUUCACUUAUUUUAUGAGGGCUAGCAGAAGCCCAUAGGUCUUUAAGGACAGUUCUGUGAAACUUGGAGAAUUUCCCUCUUACUAUAGCUACGAAAAGGUACCCAAUCUGAUUCUCUUCUAAUUUUUUUAAUGAUGUGAUUUUUAAUUGUCAGGUCUCUUAUCCAUUUUGAACUUAUACAUUAUAUUGUAGACGUUAAUUUAAACUUACUAAACUGCCUUCCAGUUCUUGUCAAAUACUUCUCCCAAGUAUUUUAUGUUCUAUGGAUUAUUAAAAUUGAGUUAAAAAACACAUUUGCAUAUAGUCUGUUUCUAGAUGCAAUGUAAUAGUCAAUGGGGAAAAUUUUUUUUGCAUCAAGUAUGUCUGAUGCAUACUUACAUAUCAGAUAUAUAUGUCUAAUAAUCAAGACAUAUAAGAAACUAUCACAAAUGUAGUAUAUAACUUAAGUCAUUCCCCAAAGGAUAUGAAUAGACAUCAAGAGGAAAAUUGCAAACAACCAUGUGAAUAAUUGUUCCAAAUAACUAAUAAUUAGAAGUGAAAAUCAAAACAAUUCUUAGGGUUUCACCUCACAUCCAAAUAUGAUAAAAGAUGGGAAUAGUCAGUGUUGGAGGCUUUCAGAAAGAAAGGCAUAAGAAAAUACUUAAUAAAGUUGUGAAUUGAUCUAAUCAGUUUGGCAAACAGUUGGGAUUAUACUAAAAAAGUGACUAAAAUAGUUGUAUCCUUUGAUCCAAAGAGACAAGUACUAAUUACAUACAUGCCCCUUAUAUAUCAGUAAUAAAACAAAAAAGCAACAUAUACAUCAAAAUGUUUAUAGUAACUUUUUUUAAAUAAAAGUUUUUUUCAGUCAGCAAAAAUUUACUCUCAUUCCUACCCCAAUCUCCAUGUUCCAUCUCCCACCCCCACUUCUUCUAAUUGAAAACUAGAGGAAAACAAAUUUCUAUAUUGGUCAUAUCCAAAAAAAUAUUUAUCUCAUUCUGUACUCUUGAGUCUACCUCCUUGUCAGGAAGUAACAUCAUGUUUCAUCAUUAGUCCUCUGGAAUCAUGUUGGUCAUUACUGUGGUAAAAAUUCAUAAUUUCAUUUGAUUUUAUCAUGUUAUAUAAAUUGUUCUCCUAACUUAAUUCUGUAUCAGUUCAUGGAAUUUUCCCUAGUUUUCUCUGAACAUCUCCUUCAUUAUUUCUUACAGCAUAGUAGUGUUUCAUCACAUUUAUAUACCAUAACUUUUCAUCCAUUUAUGGGCAUACCCUCAGAUUGCUAUGCUUUGCCCCUCAAAAAAAAACCUCUUAAUAUCUUUGUAUAAUUAGAGUUUGUUUUGGUUAGGGUCAAUUCUUCCUUUGACCUAUCUUCUUUUGAAUUAUUCUUCCCCUCUUUUUCUCCUUUCUGUUAUUUUCUUCUUGAGAAGUAGCAUUUUUCAAAGUAGCAAAGACCUGGAAACAGAGUUCCUGCCCAUCCAUUGAGGAAUGGCUGAAUACAUUGUUUGUAUAUUAACAUGAUAGAAUAAUAUUGCACUAUAAGAAACAAUGUCUAUGAAGAAUACAGAAAAGCAGGUUUAUGAACUACAACAAAAGGAAGCAAGCAGAACCAGGGAAACACCGUGCAAUAACAGUGAGAGAGAAAGAACAGUAAGAAAUUAAGUGUAAUAUUAUGAAAUUAUAGUGAACAUAACAGAUUUGUUAUCUUUAUGUACAAUCCAGUGUUUGCUACUAAAGUUCAAAAAAAUUAUAAUGAACAAGUUGACCUCAAAGGAGAGAUAUGAGAAUGCAUUUCCUGACCUUUUUGGUGUGUGGAACAAUACUGAAUAUAACAUUUGACUGGAUAUGUUGGUUUUGUUUGGGGGAUUCCCCCUUUUUUUAUUCAGUUAUAAGGGAGAGCUCUUUGAUAAAGGGGAUAAAGCCCUCUGGUAUAAAAAUAUAUUUUCUUUCAUGCAUUUUUUGGAACAUGGCUGAUGUGGAAAUGUAUUUUCCAUGACUGUAAGUUUUUAUAACAGAUUUUUUAUUUUUUUCUCAGUGAAGAGGGGAAGAAGAGGGAGAGAAUUUGGAAUUGAAAGGGUAAAUUGGAGGGAAAAAAGUGAAUUGGGUGUCAUCAGACCAGACUUCUUCCAAGAGGAGAAUGCUGAGGUGUAAUCUUUCAGUAUUUGUGCAUGGAUGAGAUGAUGAUCUGGGCCCAAAAGAAAAAAGAAUUAAGAGCAUAGAAAUUGGUUUAACCUUGUAGGAAAGAGUCACAGGGAAAAAUGAAUGGAGUAAAAAAUGUGAGGAUUGAUAAAUGGAAGUCUUGAAACUUUAGGUGAAAAAUUUGAAUUUGACAAGAUGGGUUUGAGGAGUUUGUGUUCAAAAAUAUCAGGUCAUUUUCAUGCCAGGAUUUUGACAGCAUCUUCUUUCCUAAUUUUCAUUUCUCUCAUGACAUCAUUCUGCUAUUUUAGCCAGAUCAGAGGUGUGACCACCAAGGAGCUGUAUCCUGAAUUUGAUCUGGAUAUGAAUGACUAAGCAGAAAGAUGGAUUUACCUGCACCCUCCCUAGCCAGGGGUAGGUGAAAAGACCCAAGGAAAGCAUGAAGAAGAAACCUACAAGACUUCUAAGUGAGGCCACCAAAGUAGAGAAAGUAUUCUUAAGUGCUUUUCUAGAAAAGCUAGACUCAUUUAGAAGGAAACAUGGGUAUGGGCGCAUUGAGGGAGCAAAUUUGAAUUCUCAGUUCUACAAUGCUCUUAAUUUUGAGUAUUUCGGGGAAAUCGAUUAGUAGCAUCCUUGCGUAUACAUUAUAUUUAAAAAAUCAUUUCUCUCAUCCAUAGUUUUGGAAUUUUUAUUAAUUUGUGUGAUGUUUCUUGUAUAUUCAAACUCAUAAGAACAGUUUGGGACUUGAAGGUAAUUUGUCUCCCUUUUUGAGUUACCAUUUGCAUGUAAUCUUCCAGUCUUGAAAGACAAAAGUUUUAUUGGUUUCUUAUGCUGUGUUACUUAUCAUUUAUUCAUUAUAAUAACAAAAUUAAAGUGAAAUCACUACCCUC